AGUCGAUCAGUGUCUUUUCCCGAAAUUAGGUAGAUUUUAAAGUACUCCUUUUAUACAAUUUACAAAAGUUUUAAGAAAAUGUCUAGUGAUCUUGAAGUGAAGUGCAAAGAUGGGGAUGACGAAUUAAGAAGAAAACAACUGGAAGAUGCAAAAAUACCAUUUUGGAAAAAGCGUAGAUUUCACGUUAUCGUUAUGAUCUUCUUUGGUUUGUUCAAUUUAAUAAAUCUUCGGAUGAAUCUCAGUGUUACGAUAGUUGCCAUGACACAGAAAGUAAAUGAGACCCUCAGUGAUGGAACUACAAUUGAGAAACAAGAUUUUGAUUGGGAUUCGAAGACACAGGGCCUCAUUCUAAGUUCCUUCUUUUAUGGCUACAUUGCAACACAGCUUUUGGGAGGAUUUUUGUCAGCUAAAUUUGGAGGACAUAUGGUAUUUGGAAUCGGACUUGGAGUAACUUCUCUCUUGGCUUUGUUAACACCAAUAGCUGCUAAGACCCACCUAGGUUUAUUUCUUACCACGAGAGUUCUUCAGGGUGUUUUUGAAGGAGGUAGCUUUCCUGCUAUUAUAGCAAUUUAUAGUGAAUGGAUACCUAUCUACGAAAGGUCUUUUAUGGCAAACACAGCACAUACAGGAAAUUAUGUGGGGAUCAUUGGGGCCAUGCUUAUUUCUGGUAUCGUAUCUGUAGCUCUAGGUUGGGAAAACGUCUUUUAUAUAUUCGGUGGUCUUGGAUGUUUCAGCUACGUAUGCUGGAUAAUCCUGGUCAGAGCUAAUCCAAAAGUGGAUCCAUUUAUAACAGAUGCGGAAAAGAACUACAUAUUGUCAAGUUUAGGAGAUCGAACUAAGAAUAAAAAUAUUAAACAUCCCUGGAAAGAGAUCUUUACAUCAACAGCAGUAUGGGCUAUUGCAGUAGGUAAUUUAACAGGUAGAUGGAGCGCCCUUACUUUUCAGACUCAACUACCAACAUAUUUAAGUGAUACCCUUGAUUAUAACCUGGACGUAACCGGUAUUAUAUCAGCUAUCCCCUAUAUGGUUAUUAUUUGCCUGCUUUUCGUAUCUGGAUAUCUGGCUGAUUGGCUGCUUAACAAGAGAUAUUUAAGAACUGGUCAAGUUCGUCGAUAUUUUACCUGUUUCGGAAUGAUUGUUCAAAUGAUCUUCCUGCUGCUUAUCACAUUUACGACUAGUCCAAUUGUCAUUAUUGUGUCCAUAUGUUUUGCUAUUGGCUUUGGAGCUUUCCAAUGGUCAGGAUAUGUAAUUAAUUCUUUGGAUUUAGCUCCAAGUCAUGCAUCUGUGAUUAAUGGUGCAGCUUUUACUCUUGGGACCCUGGCUGGUAUUAUCAGCCCAAUUGUAGCAGGGAGCAUAGUCACGGAUAAAAGUCGAGAACAGUGGCAAAUAGUCUUCUACAUUGCAGCAGGAAUUUAUUUAGCAGGUGCUUUGUUCUGUUGGACAUUCAUAAGAGGAAAUAUUCAGCCUUGGGCAAAAAUUGAUCUCGAUCGCUUGGAAGCUAAAAAGUCUAAAAAUGAAAGUGAAAUAUGCACAAAAGUUUUAUAACUUGCUAAAUGAAAACAACAACUGGAAUGAUUUUCGUAUUCAGCUUCAAAUUAAUCAGUUUUUUCAACAACUAAAUUGAGUCGGGAGUAGCUCUUCUUAUAAUCUUAAAAUGUUACACUGCACUAUAUGAAAUUAUAGAACUUUGUAUUGUGUUCAAUAAAAAUUAUGAGGGAAA